AUGGCACAAUCGUCAGAUGAUUGUCUGGUAUCGCAAAAUAGUAUGUCCGAUGGGUCUCGUAAAUCUGUUGAUCAAUUAGUCCAGAUUGAACCGUACGAGAUAUAUUCUGUACGUUCGUUGAACUCUCAACUACAGGGGGAUGAGGCAAUAUCAAUACAUUCUACGAGAUUAUCUAGGAUCAAAACCAACCAGUCAGAGUUGUCGAGGAUCUUUACUGGGAUUAAAGAUGAUCAACUACAGGAUGAAGAGAAUAGAGAUCAAUAUCGAGAAAGAGGUGAUGCUGAGUAUAUUUUGGUCCAGGAGUUGGAAAAGGCGAUUAGCAGCAAAAACAUCAGUAAACAAUUCACCUCGACCUAUGAUGUGGAACUGAAAGAGUAUCAAGAAAUCAAGACAGAGAAAGAUGAAAAAGAUGAGGAGGGAAAAGAAGACGAGAAAGAGGCAGAGGCGGCAGAUAAGGAAGAUCAAGAUUAUGAGUUAGAUGGAGGGUUUGCAUGGUUGAUGGCCAUUUGUGCCAUGUUGGCGGUUUUCUCAACAUGGGGAGCUAAUGCUGCAUAUGGUGUUUUUUUAAACUAUUAUUUGAAUAGUAAUACGUUUCCAGGAGCAACUGAAUACGACUUUGCCUUGAUUGGUGGCAUUGUUGUGUUUUUGGCCAAUUUUUUAGCACCAAUAAGUGCAUUGCUUUAUAAAGUGCUUGGGUUUAGAAUGGUUUGUUGUAUUGGGAUUGUUGUUCAAACUGCUGGUUGGAUUGUUGCUUCAUUUUCAAAAAAGAUAUGGCAUUUGUAUUUAACACAGGGUGUGCUUGUUGGCAUUUCGUUUAGCUUGAUCUUCGUGCCUGCCACAUUGAUAUUACCUACUUGGUUUCAAAAACGAAAAGCCACUUCAAUGGGGUUAUGUGUUUCGGGAGCUGGUUUGGGUGGUUUGAUUUUUUCAUUAAGUUUGAACAAAGUCAUUGAAGAUACAGGUGAUCAAAAAUGGGCAUUGAGAAUGGUGGGAUUCGUAUGUUUGGCAACGGCUUUGUUUUGUGCUUUAAUGAUGAGACCUAGAAAUUACCGGUCUAUUCCAACAAGGGAAAGAAUGACUUUGGCAUUUAUUAAACCUCAUGUUAAAGUGAUAUUUGACAUCAAAGUAUUUAAGAAUUUGGGGCUUUGCAUUAUUUCGAUAUGGUUUUCAAUUGCUUUGAUUGGAUAUACAUUGAUGUUGUUUUCAUUAUCAGCAUAUGCAUCAUCAGUUGGAUUGACUCAUGCACAAGCUUCAGUACUUACUGCUGUGAUGAAUGCAGCGCAAACUGUUGGUCGUCCAUCGAUGGGGUUGAUCGCUGACAGAUUUGGCAGGGCUAAUUUUACAUCUAUUAUCUGUUUGGUGAUUUCUAUCUUGCUUUAUGCAUUUUGGAUAAAUGCAAAGACUUAUGGUGCUUUGAUUGCAUUUGCUGUGGUCAUUGGAUUGAUCGUGGGUGUUGGUUCGUCUUUAGCCCAGCCAUUAACAGCAGAUGCACUAGAGGGGGAGUUGGAAAAAUUGCCUGCAGGCUGGUCGGGUAUCAAUAUAAUUGUUUCAUUCUUUUGCUUAGUUGCAGAAGUUAUUGCAUUAUCAUUAGUGGUUCCAGAUUCACCAAGUCCAUACCUUCAUACUCAAAUAUUUGCAGGUUCUUGUUUCAUGGCAUGUUUUCUACUAAUGAUACCGUUGCGAGAGUUUUAUGUCCACAAGAUUCUCAAAGAACGAUAUCACAUAACAAAGAGUAAAUUAGAAAAACUUAGAGGAGGUGUAACGACGAAAAGUGGAUAUCUAAAAGACGCUGCUGCUACUCAAAGGGAUGACUACACUGAAGAAGGCGAAGAGAUCUUUUUGGAAAGAAUUGAAAGGUACGAACAACUUCUAACUAAGUCUCUCACCGCCUAUUGUAUACGUGCUGUAUACCCUAUUAAGGUAUAG